AUGUUUUGUCCUGGACAGGCAUUUGAAGAGCACCAGUUGUGUUCCCUGGAUCCUAUAAAGCAGUUUGCAGAAUGGUUCAAAGAGGUGGCUGCCUGCCCUAGUAUCGGAGAAGCCAAUGCUAUGUGCCUGGCCACGUGCACAAAAGAUGGAAGGCCAUCAGCUCGAGUAGUACUUUUGAAGGGAUUUGGAGAAGAUGGGUUUAAAUUUUUCACUAAUUAUGAAAGCAGGAAAGGUCGUGAACUGGAGAGCAAUCCCUUUGCGUCACUUGUGUUCUAUUGGGAGCCUUUCAAACGACAGGUCCGUAUAGAAGGCCAUGUGGAGAGGCUGUCAGAGACAGAAUCACAGGAGUAUUUCCAGACACGUCCAAAGGGCAGCCAGAUCGGUGCUUGGGUCAGCCGACAGAGCUCUGUCGUACCAGAUCGAGAGUAUCUAAGGAAGAAAAAUGCAGAAUUUGAAGAAAAGUACAAGGAUACAGAUGUACCCAAACCAGAUUACUGGGGUGGGUACGUUGUCAAACCAGAAGUGAUCGAAUUCUGGCAAGGCCAAACAAAUCGACUGCAUGACAGAAUUGUGUUUCGUCGUCCAAAAGAAGAGGAGAUCUUGGACAGCGGAAUGACACACCAGGGUGAAAAUGGCUGGGUCUAUGAGAGACUUUUUCCAUAAUGAAGCCAAAUGGAACAUUUGCCUUUUCUCUGUGCCAUAAAUCGUACAUGUGCCGCACAAUGUCUCAACAGCUUGGGUUAAAUCCAACAGCAUAAUUUUGAAACUGAUGCAGAAUCAUUCCUAUCUGUUGUAGUGGUGAAAAAAGUAAUCCUGUUUAAAACAUUUUGAAGAUUUGUGUAUCUGUGUGUGUGUGUAUGUAUUUAUACUGUACUGUAGGUAGUAAUCUAUGAUGGCGUGCACUGUAACAGAUUCUCUUGGAUAUCUCAGGGAUGUCCUAAAGCAUAAGGCCAGUGUUGUAGUACCCACAGAUGUGCUAUGGCAUGAAGUCAGAGUCUUAUGUCCAGGGACCUAGUAAAGUUUGUGGCCAGUAAUACUCAUGCCUCUGUGUCCAGGGUUGCACUGAAGCAGGAAAUCUGUCACAGAGUGCCUUUGUGUCCAAGGAGGUGGUGAAACAUGAGACCAAUACUAGUGCCCCUGUUUCUAGGAUAUGCUGAAGCAUGAGGCCUGCAGCGGGGUGCCCUUGGGGCCAGGGAUGUAGUGAAGCAUGAGGCUUGCAGUAAAGUGUCCAUGCAUACCGGGAUGCGAUAAAACAUGAGAUCUGUACUGGUUCUGCUGUUUCUAGGGAUGUGCUGAAGCUUGAGGCUUACAGCAGAGUGGCCUUGGGUCCAGGGAAGUCCAAAGUGUGAGGCUUGCAGCAGAAUGUCAUGUACUCAGGGAUGUACUUAAACAUGAGACCAGUAGCAGAGGGCGUCUGUAUCCACAGUGUGCUAAAAAAUUAGGCCAGUGGAAAAGUGCCCUUGUACUUUCAGAACUUCCUGAAAAGCUGUUAGUGUGUAUCAUAAAGUAGGUUACAUUGCUUAUUAAGUGAUCUUAAGUAAAUAUGUCUACAAAUUAUUUCAAAAAUUCUAUAAAUGAUGCAUUUUUCUGAAGAUUUAUUCCAGUCGGUCACCGUGAUUUUUUUCCCCAUUUUAUAAAUGCAUAUGCAUAGAUGUACAUAUAGAUUUCAUACAGUUGAUUUGCUUUCACUUGUGCCAUCCUCAUGUGCCUAAGCAUUCUGUUUUGAGUUGGCAUUUGCUUGGAAUUUUGUUGCUCGCUUCUUUCUAGAGCAAGUUUUAUGUACUUGUUUUUUAAUGAGUUCUAUGCUAAGAUUAGUGCACCUCAAAGAAAGAGCAAGACAGGUGUUAUGUUGCCUUUCAAAGGUCACUUGGUAUGAGAAUAAUGAAGUGGGGGGGCUGGAGGGUUUGCCCCCAGUGUGAGUGCAGCAAAAAUCACUUUUUUUGUUUUACACUUGCUAUAAUUGAUAGCUGAGGCUCACGCUGUUUGAGCAUGUUUGUACUCAGACUGCAGUUGAAGAGCUCUUGUAACUUGCAAAUAUAGUGUGAGCUUUUAGGUAAGGAGGAUUUAUAUUAGAUCUGAUAACAUUUUUGUGUGCAUACAGAAGCACAGAGUAUUAGAGUAUGCUUCUGAUACUCUAAUACUCUGUGCGUCUGUAUUAGAGUAUGCUUCUGAUACUUGGACAAGAUUACCACAAAGCAUAUUGGCUAUGCAGACAGGUUUCCCAGACUGCCUUGCUGCAUUUUACCUGUGCAGCCUGCAGUCUAGCAUACCUGCUGAAGGUGAGUCUGCGAAAACUUGUUUUUUGCAAUUAUUUUCUCUAUUACUUUGUUUGUCCCAUGACUGUCUCAGAUUCCAUAGUACCCGUAAAUUAGAAGUGUCACUAGUAGUAUUUUAUUUUGGUUCUUGGAGUUUUCGAAUUUGCUAAAAGUUAUAGUUCAGUGUCACUGUACUUCACUACAGUGUAUAUCAGAAUUAACUCUGUCUGUAUUUCCUAUAAAUGUAUUUUUAAUUGCAUUAAUGUUUAAUUUAUAGUAAAUUUAGAAUGGUCCACAAAUAAAGUACAUGGAAACAGGUGUCACGUCCAUCCACACCAGGACAUUCAUGAUUGUAUUGAAUUUUUGGAGUUGUAUACAGAUGCUCAUAAAAAUAGAAACUUCCUUGUUUGUGUGGCUAGUAUUGCUGCUUUGAUUUUAGCAAUGAAUGCACCACAGAGAACGAGAGCCAUGAGUGGGAGUCGGUCUUAUUUCUGUUUUAGAAAAUGUGUUAUUGUUGUCAUUAAACGGAGAAUCGUGGGUACCAUGAUUGGGGGUCUGACUCACUACUGUUUUAGAAAAAUGUGUUGAAGUUUUUAUUAAAUGGAGAAUUGUGGGCGUCGUGAGUGGGAGUCUGUCUAUUCCUGUUUUAGAAAAUUUGUCAGUGUUAUUAAUUGGAAAACUGAUGGUAUGUGGUAAGAUGUGAGUUCUGUUGCCGUUUCUCAUUUUUACCUUUUUGUGGGUCAGUUUGGUUUAUUUGUUUCCAGUGUAACGACUAUGUAACAUGAUCUGUAAUACAAAUACGUGAGAGACUUUCAACAUUUUCAUGUAUUUUACAUGUAUUUCCAAAUGCCUCUAUUGUCCUUAUGUAACUGUACUUUUAAAACUGGAGCUUUUCUCCCCGGGCCUCUGCUGAAAAUGGACAUAUAUCCAGUUGGACUUUCCCGGUAAACAAAUGUAAAAUAAAUAAAAUACAUUUUCACCAGUUUUAGUUAUUUUGAAAUGCCUGGUUAUUGUGGAGAGCUGUAUAGUAUAUUGAACUGAUAACUCAUUAAAAUUGUUUUUUGCAUGUG